AUGUCAAGUCCACCACAACUGUCGCCCAGAAAGCGUACACAAGGAGAAAGAGACGACGAUGAUGAGAGAAGUUCGCAGCCAGGGACAUCUCCCAUUCAUUCGUCACCAUACAACAUUCCAUCAUCACCAACUCCGUUCGCACAAGAUCGUGAGGAUGAAGAGGAAGAAGAGAUCAGAGUCACGGGAGUAGAAGAUAUGGAACCUUCUGAUGAAGAGGAGGGUGAGGAUUUGAUGGAGAAUAUGGAACGUGAUUACAGACGAAACGAUACUCAAGAUACUUAUGAUAUAACCAAUAUAGAUGAUGAUGAGUAUGAGGCAUUAGAUUUGGCCACCAGAAGAAGAUUAGAUAUGCAAAUGGAUCUCAGAGAUGAGUUACAAGAUCGAGGUGGGGGUCGUAGUCAAGCGUUUUUAGGAGAUGAAGACGACAACGAAGACACCAGAUUGGAUCAGUUUGGUUUACCAGUACAACGUAGAAGACGAAGAGAUAGAGAGGAAGAUGGAUUUGGUGGAGAUGGGAUGGAUGAUGAAGACAUUGAAUUGGAUCCUUUCAAUGAAGAAUUAUCAUUGGAAUCCUUAAGUGACAUUAAGGCUCCUUCAAUAGCUGAAUGGAUUAUUCAACCUGCUGUUUCCCGUUCCAUUGCCAGAGAAUUGAAAUCGUUUCUUUUAGAAUAUACAGAGCAAGGGAAGUCUGUCUAUGGUAAUAGAAUCAAGUCUUUGGGUGAAGUCAAUGCUGAAUCUUUGGAAGUUGAUUAUGAUCAUUUAGUGAAAGCAAAAGCAAUAUUAGCUUUGUUUUUGGCUACAUCUCCUCUGGAAAUGUUGAAAUUGUUCAACAUUGUUGCAAUGGAAGCUAUUGAAUUACAUUAUCCAAAUUAUACUCAAAUCCAUCAAGAGGUUCAUGUUCGUAUCGCUAAUUUCCCCAAUAAAAUGGAUUUGAGAGAUUUGAGAGAAAACAAUUUAAAUCAUUUGGUUAAAGUUGGAGGUGUUGUCACCAGAAGAACUGGUGUGUUCCCUCAAUUGAAAUAUGUUAAAUUUGAUUGUCUUAAAUGUGGUGUUGUGUUGGGUCCUUAUAUCCAAGAUGCUCAUACAGAAGUCAAAGUUUCAUUCUGUACUAAUUGUCAAAGUAAAGGACCCUUCAGAAUAAAUUCGGAGAAAACAUUAUACCGUAAUUAUCAAAGAAUCACCUUACAAGAAUCACCUGGUUCUGUUCCUGCUGGUAGAUUACCAAGACACAGAGAAGUCAUUUUAUUAUGGGAUUUAGUAGAUCGUGCUAAACCAGGUGAAGAAAUAGAAGUUACAGGUGUAUUUAAGAAUAGUUAUGAAGCUUCAUUGAAUGCUAAGAAUGGGUUUCCUGUUUUUGCAACUGUCAUUGAAGCCAAUUCAAUUCAAAGGAAAGAAGUUGCUGGAUUACAAAGUUCCUCUGUAUUGAAUGAUACCAUUCGUCCAUGGACAGAAGAAGAAGAAACGCAGUUCAGAAAAUUGGCAAGAACACCAGGUAUAAUUGAUAAAGUCAUUGAUUCUAUGGCACCUUCUAUCUUUGGACAUCGUGAUAUCAAAACUGCAGUUGCUUGUUCAUUGUUUUCCGGUGUGCCUAAAGAUGUCAAUGGGAAGCAUUCAAUUAGAGGUGAUAUUAAUGUUCUCCUACUUGGUGAUCCUGGUACUGCCAAAUCUCAAAUAUUAAAAUAUGUUGAAAUGACAGCCAACAGGGCUGUUUUCGCUACGGGUCAAGGUGCGUCUGCUGUUGGUUUGACAGCUUCUGUGAGAAAGGACCCUAUUACUAGGGAAUGGACAUUAGAAGGUGGAGCAUUGGUUUUAGCAGAUAAGGGGACAUGUUUAAUUGAUGAAUUUGAUAAGAUGAAUGAUCAAGAUCGUACUUCCAUUCAUGAAGCUAUGGAACAACAAUCUAUUUCUGUAUCUAAAGCUGGUAUAGUUACCACUUUACAAGCCCGGUGUUCUAUUGUUGCAGCAGCUAACCCAAAUGGAGGACGUUACAAUUCCACCUUACCAUUAUCACAAAAUGUCAAUUUGACUGAACCUAUUUUGUCACGUUUUGAUAUUUUAUGUGUGGUUCGAGAUUUGGUUGAUCCUGAAGUUGAUGGAAGAUUGGCAGAAUUCGUUAUUGAUUCACAUUUCAACUCUCAUCCAGAACAGAAGAAGAAGAAGGAAGAAGAAGAGGAAGAAGUAGAAGAGAAGAAGCAUGGUAACCCCCCAAUAAAGCAAGAAUUAUUAGCAAAGUAUAUUUACUAUGCGAGAACUAAAAUAUACCCUCGGUUGCAACAGAUGGAUAUGGAUAAAGUUGCUAGGGUGUAUGCGGAUUUGAGAAGAGAAUCGAUAACUACUGGGUCCUUCCCAAUUACUGUGCGUCAUUUGGAAUCUAUCAUUAGAAUUGCUGAACUGUUUGCUAAGAUGAGACUAAGUGAUUUUGUUAGUCAAAGUGAUUUGAACAGAGCCAUUAAAGUAAGCAUUGAUAGUUUUGUUGGUGCACAAAAAAUAGCUGUGAGGAAACAGUUGCAAAAGUCAUUCCAAAAGUACACUUUGCCCUCCAGAAGAAGACCCAACUGA